GAGUGGGGAAUUUUUCCAUGUGUUUGUGUCAAGAGUGUCUUUUUGCAUCAUGUGGGUGUGAAAACGCUCGUGUACGUUAUAAUGUGUGUAGAUUAUUUUCGCUUAUACCGGCGUCCGCAAUCUCAGAAGUAGCUCUCGCGUUGACAGGUUUCGAACACUCGUCCGAAACACGAGGAAACUUUAAUUUCUCAAAAAAAAAAAAAAUAAUAGUGCUUUUUCAAUUAUUUUUCAAUUUAGUUUAUAUAAUUUUACAUUCAAUUCGCAAAAAAAAAUUUCAAGUUACAAAAAAACUCUCCCAAAGUGACAAAAAAUCAACUAUAUAAACCAAACAAAAUAUAAUUUUUCUAAAUCGCGAUUAUUAAAUUUCAAGUGAAUAAAAGGCAAUAAGUGAUUAAAAAAGAAAUUUUAAUGAAAUCGAUUUCCAAUAAAUUUUAAUUUAAUAUAUUUAAAAAAAAAAAAAACGAUAAGAAGAAAAUUUUAAUAAAUAACAAAUCUGCGACAUCGUGGUAUGAACUUGAAAGAAUAAUAAUCUUACGUAAUAAAAACAUAUCGUGCAAUAAAUUGUUUUCUUUAUUUAUGUGAAGAAAAUGGCGUAUAUUUUUAUUUAAAUAAUCAGUGAAGCAUUCCAAAAGUUAUUAAAUUCUACGUUUUUAUAUACUUGUUUGUUCGGAGCUGUACAAAAACAUUAUCAUCAUCAAAAGUCAAUAGACUAGAAGUUAAUGAAUGAAUGAAUGAAUAUUUAUUUAAAAAAAAAAACAAUUGGUGUCAAAGUGUGAUUUUAUUACAAUUGAUCAUGGAGUAUAUAUUGUAUCACGAAAUAAUCGAACCGGAAAAUGUGAUUGAGUAUUCAGGAAUACGAAACUUCAGGAAUACAAAAGGCAAUUACGAGGUCAAGAACACGGAGGCAUUUUUAUGAAUCUAUAAAGAUUAUCAUUUCAAUACAAGUUGCAAUAAAAACAAAAAAAAAAUAUAUCAUCAGACAAAAUUGAUUAAGAGAAAUUUUACACUUUGAAUCGCAAUUAUCUUCUUGCUAAAGAUAAGGAUAUCGUCUGAAUGAUUAAAACGGAAGUUUUCUCCGAAGUUGAUAACUUAUUGGUCAUAUGGAAUAUUUUAAAGAUUUGCAAUAUUUAGCCAAUGGAUUGAGGAUAUAGAAUAUUUUUUUUUCAUUUUUAAAGCCAUAAAACAGUGAUUAAUAUUUAAUAAUUAAUCAUUGAUAUAUAUAUAUAUUAAUGAUUAAUAUUGAUUGAUUAUUGUUGAUUAAUUGAAUAUUAAUAAGCGAUAUUUCAUGUUUAUUUUAAUAUUAGAAAGAAAUAUUUAAUUAUUUGAAUACUAGGAAAGAAUUAUUAAUUAUUCAAAUACAAGGAAAUGAUAAUUACUCGAAUGCACGGAAAUAAUAUAUGAAUACUUUAAGAAAUAAUAAUAUUAAUGUUUAACAUUAAUAUUUAAUAGUGAUACUAUAAUAGUGAUAUUUAAUAUUUAUAUUCAAUAUUAAAAUACCAAUAUUUGAAUAAUUGCAAUUUGAUUACAUAUCAAAUGCAAUUUUAAGCUAAGACUAUAAUUUAUUCUAAUAAAUUUGCGUUACUCGAGUACCUCAGAAUUUCUUUUCAAGUUCCUAUAAUUAUUGAAUUGAUAAUUAUACCAAAGUAUAUAAUUUAUAAUUAGUAGAUAUAAUAAUAAAAAAAAAAAAAUUUUGCAAAGAAUUUUAAAAACCAAAAUAGACAAAAAAAUUGAUUAUUGAUGCAAAGAAAGAUCAAUUAAAUCAAAGCGAAAAAUGUUAUUUCCUCGAAAUUGAGAAAUAAUAAUAAAAAAAAAAAAAAUUGGUAAAGUUCGCGCGCAGAUGAAAGAGUUUUAAUAGGAGUAGGGAGAGUAAAAAUAUAUCAGAAAUCAAAUAAAAACGAGCGGAAAUAAAAUGAGUCAGUGAGAUUAGAAUAUAUAGAAAAUUCAAUAAGUUUGCACAGGAGAUGCCGAUUUCGCAAAAAAGAUCCUCGUCAAGCAUUAAUAAAAAAAUAAAUGAAGACGAGGUACAUGAAAAGUCACCAUCACCAUGGAAUGAAUUAUUAGCGAAUUCGACAGUUCCUGCGACAGCAGUUGCCGUCAAAUUGUGCGAAGAUUCACCUGAUGAAACAAUAAAGGAUUCUAAUGAUAAGAAUAAACUUGGAGUGUUCAAUAGCUUUCAAAGAAGAACAUUUAGCAGACUCAGCUUUAAGGGCGAAGGUGGUCCAUUAUUAGCAAAAUACAAACAUGCAAAAUUCAGCUCAAAACGGCUUCGUAAAAGGGUGGUAUUUAAACACGGGGACUGUAAUGUUGUUCAAGGAAAUGUUGCAAAAAGACGAAGGCGCUAUUUACAGGAUAUUUUCACAACAUUGGUAGACGCACAAUGGCGCUGGACUCUUUUGGUAUUUUCUAUGAAUUUUCUACUGUCAUGGCUUGGUUUUGCCCUCGUUUGGUGGCUCAUCGUUUACACUCAUGGUGAUCUCGACCCCAAGAAUUACAAUAAUCCCAACAUCUCUUUCACACCGUGUGUGGUUGAUAUUCAUGGAUUUACUAGUUGUUUUUUAUUUUCCGUCGAAACUCAACAUACAAUCGGAUAUGGUUCAAAACACACGACUGAAGAAUGUCCAGAGGCCAUUUUUAUUAUGUGCAUUCAAUCAAUGACUGGAGUGAUUCUACAAGCUUUUAUGGUGGGCAUUGUUUUUGCUAAAUUGUCAAGACCGAAAAAACGAACGCAAACGUUACUUUUUUCAAGAAAUGCUGUUAUUUGCCAAAGAGAUGGGCAACCCUGUCUUAUGUUUCGAGUUGGUGACAUGAGGAAAAGUCACAUUAUAGAAGCUCACGUCAGAGCACAAAUGAUCAGAAAGAAGGUAACGAGAGAAGGAGAGACACUUCCAUUUUUUCAAACAGAAUUGAAAGUCGGUGGAGAUGGAGAGGAAGAUAAAAUUUUCUUCAUUUGGCCAACGACGAUAGUUCAUAAAAUUGAUGAAAAUUCACCUCUCUAUAGACUCUCAGCAAGUGAUAUGCUUCAUGAGAGAUUUGAAAUUGUCGUAAUGUUAGAAGGUGUGAUUGAGUCAACAGGUAUGACAACUCAAGCAAGAAGUUCCUAUCUUCCGUCAGAAAUUUUGUGGGGCCAUAGAUUUGAAAAUAUAAUUCAUUUUCGAAAAGAAACUGGAGAAUAUGAAGUGAAUUAUACACUUUUCAAUAAUACUUAUGAAGUGGAUACUCCACUUUGUUCAGCACUGCAAUUGGAUCAAGUUAGAGCUCUACAUCAUGCAAAAGGAGAGCACGUCAGCACGGGAACAUUUCCAGCCUAUCGUGAUAAUUCAAGCAGUUCUUUAACUUCCGCUUCCGGAUCAAGUUUGGCAUCUUCCACUGGAGGUUUACAUAUGCAUGCACCUACACCACCUACACCAAUUCCAGUAAUGAUUACUGGCCCUGAUGACUCGCCAUCGAGACGUGAAAGCAUAAACAAUCCAAAUGAUCAAAAGCUUGCGACAUUUUACACUCAUGACGAGACACCAGAACCAGUGAAUUUUGGAAGAAAUUCUUCCUACAUUUCAAAGAAUCAAACAGAACAAGGUGAAGAAAAUUACGAUAAAGUCCUCGAGGAUAUUAAUUCAAGUCUUAGAAAAAAUAGAAGACCAAGUCUUCAUGGAAAGGAGGAGAAAAAAAUUCAACGUGAAGGAUCGAGGGCAACACUAGAGGCUGUGAAAAUUGAUAGUCAUCAUGAAAAUUUGAAGAAUUCAUCAUCAAAUUCAACACUCGAAUUAAAACAGAUAAAAUAUUCAGACUCACCGGAAAGGAUACACGAGCCUUCAAUUUCCCAUCAUCUUCCAAGAAGAUCUAGUCUUAGUGAGAAAAAUAAAAAUAAACAGGAUCUGCAAAAAAGGACAACAUUUGUCCUGCAGGAAGAAGAUCCGUCAAGUAGUGCAGAGCAUCGGAAAAAGGAAAACGCUUUAAGAAUAUCACCACCACCGCCACCGAGAAUACCACCGAGACCAGAAAUUGUAAUAGAUGUUAGGGAAAAUAUUCAUCACACACAAUUCAAUAGCCCUCAGGAGCAGGUUUAAUUAUUAAACGAGUCGUAAGAAUACGUAAGACAAAUUAACAAUGGGACCUGAAAAAAUCAUUGAUAUAAUAUCAAUAAAGAAGACAAGAGCUAAUUCAUUGA